UUUUCCCCUUGUCGCUUGACAUAGUUUCCGCGGUGCUCUCUCGCUUGCCAUUAACGGUCGAGAUUUCUUUUUUUGUUUUUUCGGGAAAAUUCAGUUUUUCGUGUCUACUUUUGCGUAAAGAAAAGUUUCGGGGAUCGAAAAAUUGAAAAGCGUGUGCGUGUUUUUGCUUUUGGGGCAAAUUUUACUUUCGCAAGGAAGAGGCAGCAAAAAAAGGUUCAAACUGGGGAUGAUGCUGAAGUCAUCUGGUGUGAUGGUCUACAUUCAGGGGCAUUCCCCAUCCCCAACGGAAUCGGAAAGCUGCACAUUCAGCAGAAUGUAAUUGAGCUAUAAAAAGAAGGCAAAAUACGGCAUUGAAAAACCGGAGCGAAAGAAGUGAGGUUCGGCAAUCAAAACCGGAAGUGAGCACUCACCCACACAGCAAACCCCAGGGCCGCAGCCAUGGCCCGCAUCGCCGAGGACAGUGACUUUGACGCGCUGAAGCGCCUGGUGGACGACCACGACGGUUGGACCCUGGAGCUGGCCAAGUCGGACACGCAAGUGUACACGCGGCCCGUCCCCGGAUGCAACUUCAACAUGGUGAAAAUACACACCGAGUUCGGGGACGUGACGGCGGACACGCUGUUCGACGUGCUGCACGACCCCGACUACCGGAAGGUGUGGGACUCGCACAUGCUGGCCAGCCACGAGAUCGGGGUCCUGAACGUGAACAACGACGUCGGGUACUACGCGAUGUCCUGUCCACCCCCGCUGAAACCACGCGACUUUGUGCUGCAACGGUCCUGGCUCGACACCGGACCUCAAGGGGAACAAAUGUUGCUGUCCCGCUCGGUGCCACACAAAAAUUUUCCCCCUAAAAAGGGAUACGUAAGGGCAAUGUCCUACAUUACGGGGUUUGUUCUGCAGACCAACGGAAACUCAAAGACUGGAUGCUUGCUGAAGUACGUGGCGCACUGUGACCCGCAGGGGACGCUGCCACCGUGGCUGGUGAACAAGGUAACGCACACGCUCGGACCCCGCAUGGUGAAGGACCUCAAGAAGGCCGCCCUUGGGUACGUCGCCUGGAAGCAGCAGCAGCCGCAUUUGCGCAAACCGUGGCGCUUCCCCGAGGAGAUCAAUGGGCCGCGGAUAUCGAUCGAGGAUUGCCUGGACGAAACAACGCGCCCCAUUCCCAUACCUCGGCUGCUACCCCAAACUCCAACCACCAGCAGCAGUGCCCCAACGGCAAACGGAAGAGUUGCAACGGGAAAGGUGACUCCGAGGGGUGCCGUUACCCCCGUGACUCCAAUCUCCCAAAGUCCGAGCGUUUCAUCCCUGAACAACACCGCCGCCAGCAGCCCGGUGGGCAUCAGUGCAUCGACCAGCAACAUCAACAACAAAAAGGAAGACACGAAACCGGAACGACGGUGGCUUCCGAGGAGGGAAAAAUCCGAGGCGAAACUAAACCUUAACGGAACUUCCAACGGUGCCGUCAGUAAAAAGGAAGCAAAAGAAGCCAAAAAAGCUCUCAAAGCUGCAAGCAAAGACGACAGCGAAGUGAAGGAGAAGAAAAAGGACAAAGAAGGUGGGCUGAAGAAGCGAAGAUCACUGUUGAGUUUGAAGUUCUAGAUAGUUGAGUAAUAAAUUCUAGUUAUGUAACGAAACGGCGGAGGCAACACGGUGAAACAUCUACGCACAGCGCAGAAACAAGAAUAGAUAACACAAAUUUAAAAUUCUACAGUUUACUAUAUCUUUGAAACAAACCAAAAAGUACACUUCCUAGCACUUUACUCACACAAACACGCAUUCAUAUCAACAACAGACAAAAAUCCUAAUCAAAUUACAGAAAAUAGUCAACAAUGGUCAAAUUUUGUGACUUAACUUAGGAUCGACACAAUACAAGCUCAAUAAUGCACACACACACAAGUAAGCGCCGUUUUAAAGUACAGUUUUAUCUAAAAUCUCAAACAAAUCCAAAAAAACGUUGCCAGAACUGUAAGUGUACAUUAAAUUUGUAAAUAGAACUGUUAAAUUACCACUAUUUGUUAACGUUGAAAAAUAUUAGUGGCUGUAGUCUGUUAGAAACCCCCGUUAAAAAAAUCUCUAGAACAUAUAACAAGUUCUUUUGAAAUUAUGUUGAUUUUAUAGGUUCUAAACUAAUCUAGCUUUCCACGCCUUUCCUUUUACAAAUCGUUUCUAUGUAUCAAAGAUUUCUUAUGUUCGUGAAUCCGGAGGCCUUUCCCUAGCUAUUUCUCAGAAGAUUAGAAAACCCUAAAAUCGUCUAAGAAAUCAAUUGUAGGAGUAGAAUAGUUAAGUUAACAAAUUCGUAUUGAGAAAAAAUAUUAGAAGGAGAAAUUAAAAACAAGUUUACAAUCAAUUAUGAUAAAUCGAUAACAAUUAGUUAGACUUUGAAGCUCUUUUUACGAAUGUGUUUAGCAUAUGCAUAUGCAAUUGUAAUAUGUGUUGUGACUCUUUCCUAAACGCAAGUUAAGGCAAAUUUAAUGAUAAUUACCAGUACUGACAAAAUUGUAAUAAUUGUAUACAUUCCUAAAAGUGAAAGGCAAAACAUGCAAAAGUAAAACAAUACAAAGAGACUAUCCUGAUUUAAGAAAACAAAGUUAGCGUAAGAAAUUAUUAUUGUUCAACCUAGCUGCUACAGUAAAAGUGACAAAACACAAUUAUUAUUAUCCCAUUGCCGUUGCGAUGAUUGUAAUUGCAGACAAAUCUCUUGUACUCUUCUUACCCGGCUCGGAAAACAUAAAGAGAAAGAGAGGGAAAGGUGUUAUUGUAUAAGUCGAGCGUAGUGCAGUUCAAUGAAAAGAAUAUGAUAUGAUAUGAUGUAUCGAACCUGGUUGAGUGAAAUUGUUUCCGUUGCGAUUGGCUGAUUGUUAAAUAAAGUGAUUUUUAAAACAUUUA